AACUGAGAAAAAAAAGAUUAAACCAAUAAAUAAUAAAAUAAAAUGGUUUACCACGACAUUAUAAUCCGUAUCUAUGGCAACGGGAUCACGUCGAACGCCACGACCGUCCCUCUCGGCAAUGUCAUGUGACCACACCGCUGGCUGUCUGUUGGAGAGUCGAGCCCGACAGAGCACAGUCCCGCUUUGCCUUCAAUCUGUGCUGCUUCGCCACCAUGAGCACGAUACGAAAAUAAAGCGGUCUGCGGCGGACUGAGAGCUGAUAACGAGGCCAGGAGGACAGAGUCCGCGCGGUGUCUGCGAGUGGACAGGCGUCCACGCUGGACUCCCUGAUCUCGCUGCAUUAGGAUCCGUGACGCUGGGAGAGACGACGCCCGGCUGUCUGCCAAACCUUCCCACCUAGCAUGAUGGCAUCCAGCGACGUAGACGGCCGAGGCGAAGCUUUGUUGUCCGACCAAAAUCCGUCUGAGCUGGACGCUCUGUGUCCGUCUCCUCCAGGACCGUCCAGACCCCAACGCAACUACGAGAGGAUAGGAGGACAGGCGGGGACCUCUUUUUUCCAGACUCUGAUCCACCUGCUCAAAGGGAAUAUUGGUACAGGCCUGCUGGGUCUGCCUCUGGCUGUCAAGAAUGCAGGGCUGGUGCUCGGACCCAUCAGUCUUCUGGUCAUGGGCAUCAUCGCGGUCCACUGCAUGAAGCUGCUGGUGAUGUGUUCCCACCACCUCAGUGCAAAGAUGAACCGACCAUCUCUGACCUACGGCGAGGCUGUGCAGUACGGGAUGGAAAACGUGCCGUGGCUGAGGCGACAUUCGCAGUGGGGAAAGCGGACCGUCAACCUGUUCCUCAUCAUCACACAGCUGGGCUUCUGCUGUGUCUACUUCGUCUUCCUCAGUGACAACGUCAAGCAGGUGGUAGAAGCUGCCAACGCCACCACCAUCAGCUGCCAGACGAACUACACCAACCAGACCCAGGUCCUGGUCCCGAGCUUUGACUCCCGCCUAUACAUGCUCUGCUUUCUGCCUGCCAUCAUCCUGCUGGUCUUUAUCCGCAACCUGAAGUGCCUGGCCCCGUUCUCUCUGGGGGCCAAUGUGGCCAUGACGGCCAGUUUGUUCCUGAUCUACUACUACUCACUCACGAACAUCUCAAACCCCACUGACCUCCCAAAAGUUGGCAGAGCUAAAGACUACCCUCUCUUCUUCGGAACGGCCAUCUUUGCCUUCGAAGGCAUUGGAGUGGUUCUGCCCCUGGAGAACAAGAUGCAGAGGCCUCAGAGGUUCACCCAGGUUCUCUAUUUGGGCAUGGGCAUCGUCACCUUCCUCUACAUCAGCCUGGGAACCAUAGGAUACAUGUGCUUUGGAGAGCACAUCGGCGGCAGCAUCACACUGAACCUACCUAACUGCUGGAUGUACCAGGUCGUGAAGCUCCUGUACUGCUUCGGGAUCUUCAUCACCUUCGCCCUGCAGUUCUAUGUCCCAGCAGAAAUCCUCAUACCAUCCAUGGUGGCUUGCGUGCCAGAUCAGUGGGACACCGCCAUCGACCUACUGCUGCGUGCUGUCAUGGUCAUCUUCACGUCUGCUCAACAUCUGCCGGCUUCAAGGUUAGGAUCAGGACACUGGAUGAUGAUGAAUCUUCACUGAAGUACAGACUGAUCAUUUUCAUAUUUAUAACGGCCAUUAAAGUAAUCAAUAAAUACAGUUUCUGCAUCCAACAAUAAGACUGAGCCCUCUUGGGUCUGUUAUGUUAAAAAGUGUGAUGCUCAGGUGUGCUCUCCACACGGACUCUAAAGGUGACUCUAAAAGUACUGCAGAACUGUACCCAGGAGGAAUCGGGGUAGAAGGUGAUCCUGGUAUCAGGUAAAAAUGGACCUCUGACCUGUUGUAUGAUCAUCUCCUGUAAUGAUGGGAGAGAAUCAUUAAAAGGCUCUAUUAUUUAAAAAAUACUGAAACUGCGUGACAGCUGAGAUGAGCUUCCUGCUCGCUGUUAGAGAAGCUUAAACAUCUGGAAGAAUGGCACAUGGAGAAUCCACGAACAUCACUGCGGUAGUGCAGCAGGUAACCCAUAAAUCCAGCAGGCUUCACUGUCUGUAGAGGCGUCACAUGUGGAGAUGUUAAUUUGAUGGAAACGCUGGUCAUGGGAGGAGCCUCAGGUCUUUGUAACGUGGGCGCUUUAUCGGAUUGUUUAAGAUGAAUACCGUUUCCUGCUCUCAGGUCAUCCUCGCUGCUCUCCACAUGAAUGACUCCUCACUGUUGAUCUUCAUUUACUUCAUUGCCUCUGAAUUAUGCAGAUGGAAUUUGCCUCACUCUGUCGGUUUCUGCACACACAUCCCGCGCGUGCGCGCGCACCGGCUGUCUGCAGCUCGUUUGUCCUAUGAGUGUAGCCACGCUCAGCAACGGGAGGAGAAAUCAAAACACCCGAGCGUCCGGUGGGAUUCUCUGCUGGAUGCUGUGAUAAAGGAGGGGGGGCUGCAGCAGGGACGGUGCUGCUACUGCGUGCACAUGUGUGAGCAGGAGAUUACUUUAGCUUUUGAAUGUAAAUACGAGAUGAGACUGGGGCAGCACGCUGUUGUCUGUAGAUGCUCUGAGGAUGCCUCUGAGACUGUCUCCUGCUGUAUUCUGUAUUUUAGUGACUGAUGUGUGUAGUGUGUGAUUAUACAGAGGUGCUGCAUUGCUCUUCUAAAGUGGUUUAAAUGGUUUGAAAACAAAGAAAGUCGGCCUUAAAUUUUGAUACUCGAGGAGAGCAGAGGUGAGUCACCUUCAGACUUGCGUCUCAGUCUUCGAAACGCUCGCUCUUUGCUGUUUUUACAUUUGCAGCCAUCUGUCUGCAGUGUGAUCGGUCAAAGAUGGAAAAUGUCACAGGAAGUGAUUUUGACUGAUGUGCCAAAUGUGUUUGGCGCUCUAAGAGCUGCUGGACAGCCAAGUCUCGCGUGCUUCCGCGUGAGCUCUCGGGCAGAUUAGAGUUAAAAGUGGACGGCCUUGAGCAAACGCUCCCUCUCACUCUGCUGAGCGUCACUCUGACUUGCACUCCUGCACGAAAGGUCAGUUCAUUUCAGCGCAGGCAGAUUUCUUUUGAAGUGAGCACUCUAUUCUAAUUUAGUAGAGAGAUGGCGGGCAAGCGCAGGAACUCAACGUAGCUGCGACUGCUGCUGGGGAUCAGCGAGCCUCUGAGUGGCAGCAGUGGGAAUGCUACACGACUUGGCCGUGUUCCUUACAGUCGAUGCUGUUAUGUUGCUGUGUCUCACAUUGAUUACCUGAAGGCCACAUCUCGUUUGUUGCCGUUUGAUCACAUUAGAAAUGCCAAAAAGCCACACACAUGAGAAGAAGAGCCUCUGCUUUGGGACUGGAGAUGAAGAUGUGCAUCGGCACUCUGCUGCGUCACAUACCACUGUAAGCUUCAGCUUCCACUUUUCAUUCUUAAAACAGGUUUCUAACAUGUCUGAAGUCUGAGGAAGAAGCUGUGAGUGUUGUCUGCAAAGCAACAAAACAUCUUCUUUAAUAAUACGAGGUUCUAAAUAGUGUAGAAACGCUUCAGAGGUCGCGGGCUCUUUAAACGACUGCACCGAAGCUUAGUUUAUUAACCUUGAGCAGGAACUUGUUUCCCACAAUGAGCCAUUAGAGCCCACUCUGAUCCUCAAUAAGCCAGACCGGCUCACUUCAUUUGGACUGUAGCCUCGAGGAGCGAGCGCUAUAACCGCCCCUUCUGUCAGAGUCUCAGAAAAAGCACGACUUUCUACAUGAUGAAGAACCGCGGCUGCAGGAACUGCACAACUGUAAGAAAUACGUAUGCAGAAAACUUUAUUUAAAAAGUAAAACACAAGAUUUUUGUUUGUUUACAUCUCAUCUCCGUUCUUUUUAAAAACAAAAACUUUUUUGUGCUCAGUUACUCCGGUGUAGUUUUUAUUUCGGAGGCAAAUAAAAGUCCAAAGUUUACACGCUUUGUCAUGUAUUCCAAAGCCAUGGUGUGAGCCAGAUUGGACUCUUUUUGCCUUGCCAGUUCUGGCCUCCGGGCCUUAUGUUUGACAGCAGUCAGCAGUUCCUGGGUCUCAAUCAUGUCAAACUGGACCAGAUGAAUGGUUAAACUUGAAGUAAGUGUGUGUGUGUGUGUGUGUGUGUGUGUGUGGGGCUGUGACAGAAGCAGACGUUCCCUCUUCAUUAACGGUCAGCUUCCUCGUUAACCCUCACCGCGUGGCCGUGUGUGCCGAGACUCGCCGUGGCGCUGAGCGUGCUUCCUUUGACUGAGUCACUUUGCCACAGGCUGCAGCUGAGCAGCUAGCAUGUGCUGUUGAGCUGUUGAUGGGAACGAGAGAGGACGUGUGGACGUCGCGUGAGCUUUCUCUUCUUCUUCUCUUUGUUGUUUCUUACAACGCUUUGGCACAGAGGUGGUGUGCCACUGGGACUUUGUGCUGCGUGUUGCCGGCUGUCGUAUUUUUACCCUUUCACAAACAUGAUGUGUGCACACGUUCACCUUUUACGGAUUCCUCUGGCCUUUGCUUCCUGCGCCUGUUUCGGCUCACCUGUGCCACGCUGUGACUCUGACAAACUGAGUCAAAGAUCUGACAUGGAGCAGCGUGUAUUUUUAGAGGAAGUAACGUAGUCACGUGGAGAGGAAAAGCAGUGAAAGUGUCUUCAGAGGUUAAUUAACUGAAUUUAAAAUGAAAUGGAAAUGUCCUUUUUCAUUACUUCCAUGUGAAAAGAGAAUUUUCUAACUCAAUCAAAUUCAGAUAGAUUGGAAAUGAGGUGCAGUCCAUGACUGAGAACCACACUGGCAUUAAACUCGUCUGGCUCCGGGCUGUGCAGCAGAUUUGGGGACCCGGCUGCAGGCAUGUGUUCCCACGUGGCCUCAAGAGCAUUACUCAGAUCCUGAUGCGGGACGAUAAGACCAGGAGGGUUCCAGCUUAUCCCAAAUGUGCUGGAAGGGGUUGAGGUCAGCGCUUUGGGCAGUCCAGUCAGCGUCUCCUUGCAGAGAGUGUUCACCCUCACAUCAUCACCGAUCUCUGAGACAGGACCCAAUCUGUCUCUGGUGCUGCCGGGCCGAAACAUUUCAGACCACCGCAGGGAAAAAGACAAGCCGGGCUAUAAAUGAGAGGUCACGCUGGUUUAUUCACAGCAUGCAGGAAGCGGCAUUAAUACACAUACAGUUUAUGCAAAGAUGAGAAACCGAUAAAUAUUUAAACAUCAGUGAAAAAUCCACUUCACACUGCAUGACUGAGUCACGUUCAACUCCAGCUAUCAGGUGACCCCUCCCUCCUGUUGGCUGACAUGAACGGUAAAACUGUUUUCAUGUCACGGUGAACCGCGUCCGGUUGCUGCCAAAGGGAAGCACUUUGUUUUAGCGAGCGGCACAAGCGUUGAGUCUUUCCGCUUGUUUCUGGAAGUGUGGGGUGUAACGCUACCUGCUCACAGCACUUAUCCACUAACCCAAACUAUUCCUUGCAUUUGUUUUUCCAAAUCAUGAAAGCUGCAUGUGGUCAGGCGUCCACAUGCUUUUGACCAUAUAGAGCUGCAUCACUGCAUCACUGCAUCACUGAGCUCCCACUGUGAGAUCGGAGAAUACAGGUUUCACCUGAUAAUCGACCCUAAAGGUCACACAUGAGAAAUGAUUCUGCACGUCGCACAUUUUAACCAAACCAUCGGCUCUCUGAGCUAAAAGAGACACAGCAAGCAGAGCUGGGCUGCAAGUAGAGAGGUCAGCCUGAGGAUUUCUGUCUUUAGCACAGACCUCCUGCUGGGUGGGGAAGGUCAGGCUUGCCCUGCAACUCCAUCCUCCUGCACUUCCACCCUCCUCUCCUCCACUUCUCAUGCUUCAGAAUGUUAGAUUAAAAUGCAGUGGAUGUGUUUUUCCUGCAGAUAAGCACGUCAACGGUCAGCCAGUCAGCGUCUCGGGCACCCCACACGUGUUGGUUGUUUUUCCCUCCCCAUCGCCUGUUGUACUCUGUAUCAGGGGUGUCAUACAUGUGGCCCGGAGGCCUGCUAAAGGGCCCAUUGCAUGGCUUUGCAGAGUGUGAAGGCUGCAGUGAAACAAAUGAAGUACUUGGAUUAGCCAGUAAAAAUCUUUUCUGUUCCGGGUGUGUGAGGCAGGUGGAGGGAUCCUAUUGUAUCCAUGAGCGAUGGGAGAGUUUGCCCCGGCGUCUGCAAUGAUGCAGACACUUUAUCUGUCUGCUGAGAUGAACAGAGGCCUGAUCCAACAGAGUCCACACCUGUGGGGAUGGGGUUAGGGGUCUGGGUAGAGGCUGAAGAGUAAGACUGGGAUUAGAAUGGGCUGAAAUGAAUUUCCUCAUUAGGGUGGCUCACUACAGCAUCUGAGGCAGGGGAGGGACUCUGACGUGCAGGCGGUGCACAGCCAUGUUUGAUGGUUCAGCAUCUGGUUUCUGGGAACAGGCCUGUGGUAGACUCUCUGCUGGUCUGGGAGCAGCUCAGGAUCUCUGCGGUAGUUGAUGGAUGAAAGCAUAAAUUACUGACUGUGGAAGGUAUGUUGUAAAACUUCCUUUCACGUCUGUCAGUUUUACAGAGAGUGGGGUGAUGAAUCUGUUUCACUUGGUUUUAUGUUUUCAGCCUUUUUAAAGGCCUUUGCUUGAAUAGUAAAUGGACUGGUAAUUACAUAGUGCUUUUCUACUCUGAGCACUCAAAGCGCUUUUAUACAACUAAUUCAUUCACCCAAUCACACCCAUUCACUUUUUCUAAACUGUGAAGUGCUUACUGUCUAACAUUAUACACAUUCACACUCCAAUGGGUGCAUCGGAGAGCAACAUGGGGUUAGUAUCUUGCCCAAGGAUAUUUGGGCCUUGGAGCCUGGGAUCGAACCACCAACCUUCCGGUUAAUAGCUGACCUGCUCUACCACCUGAGCUACAGUCAGGAAAUACGAGCAAAAUGUGGCAUUUUUGCUGUUUGUUGUGGUGAAUCUAAAUGAGUUAGACACCAUGAUUUUCUUUUCUUUUUUUUUUUUUUUUUUUCCCCCCCCCUGCUGUGUGUCAAAGCCACUCAUGGUGGGCCUGGGAGAGAACCCCGGUGCUGCACGAAAAAGGAACAUGAAAGGCCACUUUGAUUAGCCAAGUGAACAGGAAGUCCACUUCAGUGUGAUUACAGGUAGCUUUGGCAGGUUCCCCAGCUCUCUGCGUCUGUGUCAGGCGCCCUCUCACUCAUAACAGUUAACAGAGGUUGUGUUUGCCGGGCAGGACAGAGGUGUGUGUGUGUGUGUGUGUGUGUGUGUGUGAGAAUUUCUUUCCUGUUUGUCAUGCUUGUUUUCAGCUGUGCGCUGCGGGAUGAGACACGAGCUUAAAAAAAAAAAUUCACGACUUUUCCAUGUCUGAAGCUGAAGUUUCAGUCCCGCCCUGAGGCUAGCACCGCGAGAAGGUGAUGAGUUAAUGGAGAAAAGGACGGAGCUGAAGACCUCGACUGUUGAAAGACGGGUGAAUCAGGAGGGUCCUCAGUGUCUGUGAUCAGAUUGUAGGACACUGUGUAUAAACUGCACUGUUGCUGAAGGUCUGCACUUGUGUCACAUCUGGAUUGUUAAGUUUAAAAUCAGAGUUUCUGUGUUAAACCUGCUGCUGCUUUUAGAACAGGAGGGAAUCAUGUGAGACCGCAUCAGAGCGUUUCCCUCUCCUCUCGCUGCUGCCUGCUGCUGUUGUCUGAGAUUCAUCACUUUUCCUUUUCAAACAACUGCAUGGGAUGAUAUUAUAAAAUGUUGGUGAAUGUAUAUGUUUGAAAUAAAAAUGAACUGAACUGAACUUCUUAGAGCUCACAUUUAUACAUGGAGCCGCAUCCAUCAUCCCCUCCCUCACGGCUGCACGCCACAGAGCAGUGGUUUCCCACAACUGUCGUGUUUGCAGCUGCGGGCGAACGCCUCCGUGCACUCGCUGUAACCAGCCAGGUUGAUGCUUAUUAAACUGCUCUGGCAGGAAAUCCAGCGGCUGCUCGAGGCCAACUCUGCGCUUAGAACAAACACUCAGGUGUAUGUUUCCAACAAGUCUGUUUUAAUCGGGUCAAGCUCCUCAUCAAAGCUGCACAGAGCACCGCACACACCGCUGGAUGUUUCUUCUUCACCUGUUCCCUGUCACAGACGCCGAUAACUGAAGUCAGCAGCUGUUUGAGAGAAAGACGAGAGAGAGAAACACAAAGAGGAGCAUGUGCGUGCAGCUUCCAGCGUCACGCUCGUUUGGGCUUUUCUUCUUCUGGCGUUUCCUGUAGUUACAGCGAUAUUUUAACCACGGGUGUGGGUGCAAUUGCCGGCAUUAAGUCAGUAGAAAAAGGAGCAGAAUGGAAAAUAUUGAGAGCAUCAUGGCAGGAUAAAUUAGGCAGUGAGUGUUUGCAGUGAGAUUAUAGCAUUUAAAGAAGUAAACAAGUGUUUGUGAUGACUUCAGGGAGCCCUGAGUGUCAGACGCAGGAAGAGCUGUCGCGCUGCCUUCAUGUGGAGUCUGAGCCACGAGGGAGACAAAGUGCUCCUAAAACGUCCGACAGGGUCACGGACAUUCACGUGGCGAUGGUCUACCUGAGGACGGAGAGCACGGGGAAGGUGUUGUUUACCUCGAGAGCACGUUGUCUCGCUGCCGGUGCUUGUCUGAAUCUCAGUGAUUUCUAAACGGAGAAAGCUCUCUCUGUGACUCCUGCAGUUCUCUGUGAUGCAGACACCGUAAAGCUUCUCAUUAACAGGAAGUAAUUGUUUCCCUGCAACUGAAGCAAAAUGGCAGUGAUGUAGCAUGGCGGCAGAGAGACGGACAACUUUUACUUCAUUUAUCACAUCGUGCUUUCUCCGUCUGUAACUCAGUCAUGGCUCAAAGAAGCUUUCGUGGUUGAAUAAAAAGAAAUAAUCAUGUCAGUCCAAAUUGAUUACAGCCCCUGCAGGCUCGAGACG